GCUGUCACAAACGCCACUGCGCGGAUCCAUCUCUAGAUGCUCGAUCAGAUCUAGGAUCGACAUUACCCGAAAGCAGUGGCGAGUCUAGACUUUGUUCCAAAAUCUGUGUUUGGUUACGGUCAUCUGUUGGUUGCGUCCAGAGGUCAAAAACCAGCUUCAAACAAUCUCUCAGCCUUCAAUCCCAGCCUCCUAUUUUAUUCCUAAAGAUCAGCAUCAGAGAUCAACAGUGUUCAAGAAAAAAUGUUCAUUAGACUUUCGAACAAGGCGCUUCUAGUCCUUGGUCUGUUGUCAGCUGGCACACAAGCUGCAACUAUUCGCCUAGACCCUCGCGCAAGUUCUUUCGAUUACAGUAGCGAAAAAGUCCGUGGCGUCAACCUUGGUGGAUGGCUUGUGCUUGAGCCUUGGAUUACACCUUCAAUUUUCGAUGAAGCUGGUGCCGAGGCCGUCGACGAGUGGUCCCUGACUCAGAUUCUGGGCAAGGAUGAGGCUAAAGCCCGCUUGUCUGCUCACUGGGAGUCUUUCGUCUCCUCUGGCGAUUUCCAGAACAUGGCUGCUGCCGGACUGAACCACGUCCGAAUCCCCAUCGGCUAUUGGGCUCUUGGCCCCCUUGAGGGAGACCCUUACGUUGAUGGUCAGCUGGAGUACCUUGACAAAGCGGUAGAAUGGGCCGGCGCGGCAGGCCUCAAAGUUCUGGUCGACCUACACGGUGCACCCGGAUCUCAAAAUGGAUUCGACAACAGCGGUCGGAGAGGAGCCAUCCAAUGGCAGCAAGGGGACACUGUUCAGCAGACCCUUGAUGCCUUCGAUAUAUUGGCCGAGCGGUACCUUGGCUCCGACACCGUGGCUGCCAUCGAAGCUAUCAACGAGCCCAACGUUCCUGGUGGAGUAGAGCAGGGCAAGCUGCAAGAGUACUACGGUUCCGUCUAUGGUAUCGUCAACAAGUACAACGCUGACACAUCUGUGGUAUAUGGAGAUGGUUUCCUGUCCGUAGAGAGCUGGAACGGCUACAAAACUGAGGGCAGCAAGGUUGUGAUGGACACACACCACUACCAUAUGUUUGAUAACGGACUCAUCGCCAUGGACAUCGACGGCCAUGUCAAUGCCGUCUGCCAGUUUGCUCACCAGCACCUGGAAGCAUCUGACAAGCCUGUUAUUGUGGGAGAGUGGACUGGUGCUGUGACCGACUGUACCAGGUACCUCAAUGGUAAGGGCAACGGCGCUCGCUAUGAUGGCUCCUACGCCGCUGAUAAGGCUAUUGGCGAUUGCUCCACCCUGGCUACUGGUACUGUGGCCAACCUCUCUGAGGAAGAGCGGUCGGACAUGCGCCGCUUCAUCGAGGCCCAGCUGGACGCCUUUGAACUCAAGAGCGGCUGGGUGUUCUGGACCUGGAAGACUGAGGGUGCCCCUGGCUGGGAUAUGAGUGACCUGCUUGAAGCUGGUGUCUUCCCUACUUCUCCUGAGGACAGGGAGUUCCCUAACCAGUGCUAAGCUCACACUCGCUAGCUUUUCUCUUAUCCUUUAGCCAGUAUUCUUUUUCUCUCUUUUCUUUCCUUGCCUUUCACCCUUUGUUACUUGCUUAUUCUUGCUCAACAUCUUUACGAGCAGUGGGAUAUCUAAUUGUGUUCGUUUCGGGAGUAUUGU